AGGGAGCGUUGCAGUUGCAGGCGCGCCGCCCGCACUUUCAGACAAAACCUUCUUGUAUUUUCCCCCAUUUUCUUGACUCGUGAGGUUCUAGAACCCAUCUUCUCACCAAGGACGCGGACAAAUGUGGUUUCAAUCAAUGUCGCGGGGAUUGACAAGUAUUCACGGAACAACAGAUUAAUCCGUCCAAACACGAAUACCUGCGACUUUUUGAGGAAAUUUUAUCCUGCAGGAUGUUCAGAUUGAGUGAUGUCGUAGAUGUGGCCUUCAUUGACAACCACCUGCAUUGAGCUGCCCAAUUUCUGUCAUCUGAAAAGGCAUUUUAACAUAACUAGGGCUUAUGGAAUUCCGGCACAAGCAAGAUUGGACUUCCGGUUUUGAAUUCUUACACUGCUGUUGAAAUGGGGGAAGCUUCUGAGUUUGAUUUGAGAACAUUAAGUUCCAUAGUGUUAAGAAGUAGUUCUUUAUGGGAGGAGGAGAAUAUCCAAUGGCCAGAUCUUUUCGGGGGGCGUGGGUCGAGGAACAUCAGCCCUCUUGGUCGGCUGUGGUCGAGGAAUACAAGUCCUGCUAGGCAGAAGAUUGUGAAAACCAAGCCCCGUGGGUUAGACGAGGAAAUGGUGGUUGUGGUUAGCAAAGUUGUCCAACCGGAUGUCCCGAUGGAAGAUAAUAUAUGGGCUAUGCUGCCGGAAGAUCUUUUGAAUGAAAUCUUGGCUAGAGUUCCGCCUUUCAUGAUAUUUAAGCUUCGCUCGGUUUGUAAGAGAUGGAAUUCGAUUUUGCAAGACAAUAAGUUUUUGAAGUUCCAUUCGCAGGUGUCGUGUCAUGGACCCUGUCUUCUGACUUACUGGAAGAAUUUGCAGACUCUUCAAUGCUCGGUAUUUAGUUUGCCGUUGAAGCAGUGGUUUCGGAUUCCAUUCACAUUUCUCCCGCAAUGGGCUUUUUGGCUGGUUGGUUCUUCUGGGGGUCUCGUUUGUUUUUCGGGAAUGGAUGGGUCGACUUUCAAGACGUUAAUUUGUAACCCGUUGACGCAGGCUUGGAGGGCUUUGCCGAGCAUGCAUUAUAAUCAGCAAAGGCAUUUGAUCAUGGUGGUCGACAGGAAGGAUCAGUCGUUUAAAGUUAUUGCAUCGAGCGACAUUUAUGGCUUCAGCACUUUACCCACCGAAGUGUACGACUCGAAGCUCGACAGAUGGCUGCUUCACCAAAUUAUUCCCGCCGUAAACCUCUGUUCCUCAAAGAUGGCAUUUUGCGACUCGAGGUUGUACUUGGAAACCCUUUCGCCCCUCGGUUUGAUGAUGUAUCGACUGGACACGGGGCAGUGGGAGCAUCUUCCCGCCAAGUUCCCCCGGUCGCUGUUGGACGGAUACCUCAUCGCCGGGACCCAAAAUCGGCUGUUUCUGGUGGGAAGAAUUGGGCUCUACAGCACUCUACAAAGUAUGAAGAUAUGGGAGCUGGAUCAUACCAAGUUUGUCUGGGUCGAGGUAAGCAGGAUGCCGCCGAGGUAUUUUCGGGCCCUUCUGAGGCUGUCUGCCGAGAGAUUCGAAUGCUUCGGGCAGAACAAUUUGAUUUGUUUCACGUCUUGGAACCAAGGGAAAGGUCUUCUUUACGACAUGGAUAAAAAGAUGUGGUCUUGGAUAGCCGGAUGUGCACUUCAACCGUACAACCGCCAGGUCUGCUUUUACGAGCCAAGAUUCGAUGCUACGAUUUAUUGAUCCGAUUAAGGUUCGAUGAUCUUCGAAGGGACAUAUUCGUUGUAAACUUCUUGUCCUUUGGUCAUUGCCUUGAUGAGCAUUGUCGACUUGUUUAGUGUAUCUCUACAUAUGAUCCUCUUUGAUAUUUGAUGCUACUCUUACAAGACAUUCAUUCCCCUGUAGUGAAAACCUAGGAAAGUGAUCCAAUGAAAUUCUCAAUGUUACAAGAAGUUGUGUAAUUGCUUCACAAAUCUGGCAAAUUUGAGAAUGUCUAUUCUGGCCUUGAUAACCUAACCAUGAG